AAUAAAUCUAAUGAAUGUUUCCAUAUUGAUAAUUUAAUAUGCAUAUUUUUAUAGAGUUGUUAGAGGUAUAUUAUUAUUUGAAAAACAAUGUUGAGUUGAGAUUGCAUGAAUGAUGUUGAAAUGCAUUCCAUAUAGGAAGCAACAAGUACGCAUCCUGUGUUGGUUUAUAGAAACGCCACGUGUAGGUGGUGUGUUACACGUGUCCCCGAAGGCAGUAGUCUGAAAUUCGGGUAUUUAAUAAUUGUGCGUGUGUGUAAUAAUAAUAAAGUUGAAGAUGAAUUUGAAGACGAGCAGUGAGGUGGAGACUCGAUGUCUACUUGAUGAGAUUUGUAAUUUUGAUAGAAAAGGUUUGUUUGAUCUUGGCCAUCCUCUUCUCAAUCGCAUCGCUGAAAGUUUCGUUAAAGCCGCUGGAAUUGGUGCCGUUCAAUCCCUUUCUCGUCAGGCUUAUUUCACUGCCAUUCAAGGCGGUUUACCUCCAUCAGAUGUUUCAGCCACCAGGAAAUCUCGUUUGCCAGCCGCUCUUAGAGGAGAGACCAACGACAAAUCCCUCGAGGCCAUGUGUGUUGCCUUGUUUUGCUAUCCUCAGGUGAUCAACACUGGGAAAGAGUCCUUACAAUGGGGAGUGGCUGCAGGAAUAUAUUCGGGUCUAACAUAUGGGCUGAAGGAAGCUCGUGGAGCUCAUGACUGGAAAAACAGUGCAGUUGCUGGAGCAAUAACUGGGGCCACCCUUGCACUUACAUUGGAAGAUUCCACUCAUGAACAUGUUGUUCAAUGUGCUAUCACUGGAGCUGCAAUCUCCACUGCUGCAAAACUUCUCACUGGAAUUUUCUAAAUGGAUACUCUGUCUAUGCAAAUUUGCUUUUAGUAAUCUUUUUUUUCCCUUUCAGUUGUAACAGUUCCUUAUAAAUAUCUAAGAUGGAAUUCGCAUGAAUUUUAUUUUGAAAUUUUAG